AUGUCUAGAAUUAGACUUACUAAAGCCCAAAAGGCAGCCAUAGUCUUUCCACCUGAAAUCAAAGAAGUAAUUACAGGUAUGGUUCUCAGUGAUGCUUGCAUAGUUAUGAACGGUAAGGAGGGUUGUCUUAAGAUAAAGCAGUAUGACCCUGCCUUUGUUUUUUACCUUUGGAAUCUAUUUAACGAACUACGGUAUCGUUGGGCCAAACCUAAAGAAGUCUCUCAGUUUCUAGAGGUUACAGGUAAAACCUAUAUUGCUUACGCCUUUUCUACCUUUACACUUCCUUACUUUACUGAACUCCAUUCUCAGUGGUAUAGAUUGAUUGAUGGUAAGAAUGUGAAGGUCCUCCCUUUAAAUAUAGCUGAACUGUUGACCCCUAUUGCCUUAGCUUAUUGGCAGGCUGGCGAUGCCCAUUACGAAAAACGGGACGGCAAGUUUAACAUUAAUGCUACUCGGGGUUCUGCAGGAAACAAAGGUAAAGAACAAUAUGUUAUACGGAUCCCCAAACGUGAAGUUGGCAAAGUUCAGGCUCUAGUUGCUAAACAUAUUCCAGCUUCUAUGGCUUAUAGAUUUGUGCCGUUAGAGGGCUUGGCAAGGCCAGUAAUUCGCUUUCUCGAUUUAAGUCGAGUUAAAGUAACCCAUACUGGAGGCAAUAGCUCAAUAGUCGAAUCUGGGGCGGGUGUUAUCGAGGCCGGAGUUCUCUUGUCUGACGGUUGGCUUUCAUUUGCUAGUUCUACGAACAAAAAUGCUCGACUAGGAUUCGAGCAAUCUUUAGCUCAUUUGGGUUAUUUUUGGUACUAUUUACUUUACUCGUUCCUUACCUUAUCCGGAUGUUUAACGGAACUUCAUUCAUUAUUCUACUUCAACGGUGUCAAGAAGAAGCUUACUAAAGCCCAAAAGGCAGCGUUUGAUUUUCCCCCUUUUAUCCAAGAGGUUAUUACCGGGAUGUUGCUGAGCGAUGCUACCUUAGUAUUCAAUGGUAAAUAUGCUCGAAUGCAAAUCAAACAAAAGGAUAGAGCCUUUGUACAGCAGCUCUGGAAUCUCUUUAAUGAACUAGGCAUAGAAACUGGUAAAACCUACUCUGCUUAUGGAUUCAAAACUUUUACCCUCCCUUAUUUUACUGAAUCACACUCUAUUUGGUACGUAAAAGUCGAUGGGAAGAAUGUGAAAGUAAUUCCUUCUAAUUUUGCUGACCUUAUCACUCCUAUCUCUCUUGCUUACUGGGUUGAUCAGUUACGCUCUGUACUGAAGGAUCGCUAUGGUAUUGAAUCCUCUCAUAUUGCUCAUAAUAAAGCUAAGGAGCAUGCCUUAGCAAGGCUGAAAGCUGCUAAACUCUUCCCUGAUCAACCAAAGAAAUCAUCCUGGAGAAAUAUUAGGCGAGGUUGUGCUUGGAGCCCAGGUCCAAGGGGUCUUCUGCUACCUCCUGCCAGGUCCAGCGUUUUGCCGUGCUAG